AUGCGACCUUCACGGCACCUAUUUUUUGGUUUAGUUAUAUCAUUCAUUCAAUGUUUACUCUUUCCGCCAGUAAUAUCGCAAACAUCGGACGGGAAUGAUCCGUUGUAUGAUGCAUUUUACCAAGACCUAGGAGGAGCUGCGUGCGUUCGACUUCUGAAUUCGACAGGAGUAAUAGGAUGUCAAGCUUUGAAACCAACGACGGGAGUGCUGUAUUUGACUGACACGCAAGAUAGUUUAACGCAAUUUAUCAAAAAUGGACCAAGUGGAGCAUUCGCGGUUAUUUUGCCCUAUCAGUUGAUGACAAAUGAAAACCUUCGUGCGCUUGGUUCGUCGGGCAAAUUAGGAGGAGUAAUUGCGGUGAUAAAUGGAACAUCCAAUUUGAUUGCAUCAAGACCAAAUUCAUUUUCUCCCGAUGAGCUCUGUCCCAAUUGUCAAUUUGGAUUGUACAGGAAUGACUCAAACCAGUAUAACUGGAAUCCUAACGGAAUUGGCUUAAUCCAACAAAGUUUUGAAUUUCCGAUAUUUGCAUUGUAUCCAAUCGAUGAUGGCUCGUCAAACGCAUACAAUAUGAUCAUGGAUGGCGCUGCAUACAAUGCGGCAAAUUCCUUCAAAUCUUAUCCUUUGAAGGCUGUGGAGUUUAAUUCGAUGAUGUGGGCUGCGAUAGACGCGAAAACUUGUUUAAGACGAAAUUUUUGUUCUCCGAUUGGAGGGUACUCCGUUUACUCUACUCCUUCGCUCAAUAUGACUAAUGAUGACGGAAAACCUAUCGUAAUAGUCGCCGCCGCAAUGGACAGUCGGGCGCUAUUUCACGAUCUGAUUUUGGGCGUAGAUAAUGGAAUAUCUGGGACUAUUGCAGUGCUUGCAGUUGCAGAUGCCUUAAGUCGAUCCCCUGUCCCUGUUACAACCUUUUCUAAACAUAUUCUGUACACCCUGUUCACUGGAGAGGCGUGGGGAUUUGCUGGCUCCCAGAGAUUCGUGAAUGACAUUACUACUCCGUUUGUUUGCAAAUCGAAUCAAACACAUGCAACCGAAAAUUGUCCUUUUGUGGGUGUAUGUAGUUCUCCAUGUAUACACGACAAGGAUUUUGAGCAAAUCAAUUUCGCGAAAAUUGAUUCGAUAUUUGAAUUUAGUCAAGUUGGCAUUAACACCACCGGUUUCUAUGCUCAUGUGGAUGAUCCAAAGAAUUCAAAAAACAAUUUGCUUAUAACUCAAUUGGAACGAUUAUCGGCGGCAGCGAACAACGGUAGUUCGUUUGUAAAACCAGCGUACAAUGGUGUGACUAACAGGAAAUUGCCCCCAUCUAGCUCCAUGGCUUUUCUGGAAAAAAAUCGAAAACUAUCGGCUUUGGUGUUGGGAGAUUUUCAGGCUGAUCUAAAAAAAUAUUAUAACAGUGAAUAUGAUGAUGGAUUUGACAUGUCAUCGGUCGGCGCGUCAAUAUGUUCGAUUGCCAAUGUCACUGCCCAGGCGGUAUGGCUCCAAGCCCAGGGAAUAACAAAUGCCACCACAGUACCAAUAUCAGUUAAUUGCGAUUUAAUUCAACAGUUAUUAUAUUGUUUGGUGUAUAAUUAUUCGUGCCCGAUCGUUGAGUCCUUGUAUAACACAUCGGAUAGUGGUAGAAUAAGUCAUUAUUCUGGUGUAUUCCAGAUCAAUUUUCCGAGCGAUAUUUCAUUUUUUGUAUUCAAUUAUUUAUCGAACCUUACCGCCUCAAAUACUUCUAGUAAGGCGAAUUGUCAAGAUGAUGACGAUUGUAAAUCUGGUGAAUUUUGUGUGGCCAGUAAGUGUACAAAGUCUUUCACGAGAUAUCACAGUUCAUACGGGGCAGGAUUUGAAUACGAUCAAAAUGGCAAUCCAUUGAUUGCAGAUGCCACUAAAGCUACUUGGGUGGAAAGCGUAUGGAAUACAAUUAACAUGAGGAUAUUUAUAGUAUCAUCAAUAUCUCAACAGUUGGUUGAAUUAUUUUCUGGGAUCAUAAUAACAAUCAUCAGCAUCCUGUGUGUAAUAUUCGGAAAAAAAUAUCUAAAAAAGACGUUAAAAGUUGCUUAA